UCCUCAACGGAGAAAUAGUAAACAUGAAACAGGGACGCUCAUGGAACUAACUGCCUAAAGGACUAUAUUUUUCCACUUUGUUGGAUUAUACCUCAGCACUCAGGGAGUAGUGGUAUGCUGUCUGAUUUACCUCAAAUAGAGUUUAUGGCACAAGGUGUUUCUACAGCAGCCCCACUUUUAAAAACAAGUUUAAAUCUUGAGAAGACCUGAAGUCAUUUUUUGUCUUCUGUGAAAGGAAUCCUCAGCAGAUAUUGGAGACUUUCUCUUGUACCAUCAACAGGAGAUUCUUUCCAUCAGUGGAACCAACCAAGUCAGAAGUAGGAAUGGUUGGCAUUACACCCAAAGACAUGGUGCCCUCUCCGGCAGUUAAGUUUUUCGGUGCAGGCACAGCGGCCUGCAUUGCUGACCUCAUCACCUUUCCACUGGAUACCGCCAAAGUCAGACUACAGAUCCAGGGAGAGUCUCAGAAAGCAAAAGGUACUGAAGUGAUGAAGUAUCGGGGGGUAUUUGGCACAAUCGCUACCAUGGUUCGCACAGAGGGACCCAGGAGCCUUUACAACGGGCUGGUGGCAGGACUCCAGAGACAGAUGAGCUUUGCUUCGGUCAGAAUAGGUCUUUACGAUUCCAUGAAGCAAUUCUACACUCGAGGCACUGAGAGUGCUGGGAUUGUUACGCGGCUCAUGGCGGGUUGCACCACUGGAGCCAUGGCUGUGGCUUUUGCACAGCCAACAGAUGUGGUGAAAGUACGGUUCCAAGCCCAGGUGCGAGUGGCAGAUGGUGAGAGGAGAUACAACAGCACAAUGGAAGCUUACAAGACCAUUGCCAGAGAUGAGGGAGUGCGUGGACUUUGGAGAGGCUGCAUGCCCAACAUUACCCGAAAUGCCAUUGUAAACUGUGCAGAGCUGGUGACCUAUGACAUGAUCAAAGAACUCAUCCUGAAGUAUGACCUAAUGACAGAUAACCUGCCGUGCCACUUCACUGCUGCCUUCGCUGCUGGAUUCUGUACAACAGUUGUGGCCUCUCCUGUGGAUGUGGUGAAAACACGGUUCAUGAACUCAGGGGCUGGACAGUACAGCAGCGCAAUCAACUGUGCUCUCACCAUGCUGAGAAAUGAGGGACCCACAGCCUUCUAUAAAGGGUUCAUGCCUUCUUUCUUACGACUUGGCUCCUGGAACAUUGUGAUGUUUGUUUCAUAUGAACAAAUUAAACGAGGUAUGACCAGAGCACAACAGUACUGGGAGUCGCCCUUUUGACCUCAGCAAGGAAUGACUGUUUCUUCACAUAGGACAGAAUACACACAACAGACUAACCUUCACUGUGGUGCAGUACAACGAAGACCUCUGAGUCUGAAAAUAAGACCUACACAGUUUGUCAAGGCCCAAAAGAGACCGUUGGAUGGUUCAAGGUAGCGGUUCAGAGGUGGACGUCAUGUCUUAGAGUCAGUUCUAGCACAGGAAGGUGUUGCACUUCCACAGAUUCCUGGAUGAACACAGUAGGCAAAGCUGCAACAUGAGAAGAAUAUCAUGAUUAAAGCAUGAAAGAUUAUUUUUUUGUGAAGUAAAGGUAAGCAGUUACAUAAAUUGGACACAUUUCCGUAGCUUCAGUGAGUAAUAUUUCAUCUUUUUUCCUCACAAUCCACAUGGACAUUCUAAUCAGCUGGCUGGUGGCUUCGAAGAGGACUUUUUCUGUUUACAAAGACUGCAAUGCAUUUUUUCUAUGUAGCCCAGAUUUACUGUGAAAUCAUUUUACAGUCAGACCAUUUGUAAACUCUGACUGUGUUUAUGAAUUAUGUUGUUUACAGUAUUUACUUGUGAUGAUGCUGCAUGUGUUAGUUUAUUAAACUCUGUGCAGGUUUUGUAUGUAACUGACAAGGGUUUAUUGCUGGUCAAUAGCCCCAAUAUGUUUUACAUAAUGAUAAAUGACGUACAACUGUAUUAAUAAAGUG